UUGAGAAAACCAGCAUGGCGGAGUAUUUGGCCUCGAUCUUUGGAACAGAAAAGGACAAAGUAAAUUGUUCUUUCUACUUCAAAAUUGGUGCAUGUCGCCAUGGAGAACGCUGUUCAAGGCUCCACAACAAACCAACAUUCAGUCAGACCAUUUUACUUCAAAACAUGUAUCAGAAUCCACAGAGUGCAGCUCAGGUUGCUGAUGGGACAAGUAGUGCCAUUUCUGAUGUAGAGGCUCAGGAACAUUAUGACAGAUUCUUUGAGGAUGUUUUUUUGGAGCUUGAAGAAAAGUAUGGUGAAAUUGAGGAGAUGAACGUAUGUGAUAAUCUGGGAGACCAUCUAGUUGGAAAUGUGUAUGUCAAGUUUCGCUAUGAAGAAGAUGCAGAAAAAGCUGUCAACGAUCUGGACAACCGUUGGUACAAUGGUCAACCCAUUUAUGCUGAGUUAUCUCCAGUCACUGAUUUCAGGGAGGCAUGUUGCAGACAGUAUGAAAUGGGAGAAUGUUCUCGAGGCGGGUUUUGUAACUUCAUGCACAUGCGGCCCAUUUCAGGAAUACUGCGACGAGAGCUGUAUGGCCGUAACCGGCGGAACAGGAGAAAAGGUGCUGGAGGUGCUGGUGCUUCUGGUGCUCCUGGCGGAAAAGAAACACCACCACGGUCUCGUUCGCCCUCGCCUCCAUACACUCGUCGUUCUCGAUCCAGGUCUCCACCCCGUCGCCGAUCCAGAUCCCCUCCACGCCGGGAUAGAUCCCGUUCACCGCCACGCCGCGAUAGAUCGCCACGUGAUCGUGAUAGAAGAGGUCGACACUGAACAGACGCACCGUCAUAUGACCGUAACAGAAGUGUUAGACACAAGUGUGCAAUACCAUGAAGAAAUUUUGUUAUUUUGUAUUGUAUAAGUCGUUAGAACCAUAACCCCAGUUACGGUCACAUAGCGUUUUACAAACUCUUUCUCACUCCCUGUAGGAGCUUUGUCAGUUUUAAAGUAGGUAACACCUUAAUUGAUGCGAGAGACACCUGGCCUAAUUACUUCUUAACCAGUGGCUAUCUUUCCUAGCAAAUUAUUACGUACCUGAACGCAUCAGUUGUUCUCAGAAGGUUGCAAAACUGAAAAUUGUUACGAGGAAGAAACAAGAUGAACUAGUGUUUAAUUUGUAAGUUACAAACGGUGUGGGUUUCUUUUUUAGUGUUACCAUCGUUGUUUCGUUUUCUUUUUGAUCCCUGAUAAUCAUCUCCAUCUUUAAACUUCUUCAUUCUAUUCUGUGGAAACAAAUAUAUUCCAUUUUGCCGCAAUUCUGAAAAGUGAUAGAUCACAAAAGACGUCAUAAUGUGGCAAAAAAGAUCAGUGACACAGGCAGCUUUGUUUCGUGAGCCACUUUCUCGUUUUUACCACAUUUUUACGUCAUCUCUGAUCUAUUAUUACAGAACAGACGCAUGGUAUCAUGGAAUCUAUCUGUUAAAUAGAUAUCGUGACGUAAUUCCCACAAUGAUUCUGAGUGUGAUUUGUUCGAUAACUGACUUGUGUAAUUAUUGAAGGAAAUUGAGGUUUCAUCGCUCUAACUCUUAGUUGUCUUGUAAGAAAGAUGCUAGCACUUGUGAGAAGCCAAAGGAAGCGAGAAAAAGGUCAAACUCGAUUUACGGAUUAAGAUUAUUGCUUUUACACCCAUUUGAGCUAUUAAUAAAAUCAAUCCUAAACGAUUGUUUCCAAAGA